GAGACUUUCUCAAAGAACUGCCUAUCGAACUGUCACUGCAUAUUCUGAGCUUUGUCGACGAUCCCAAAACACUGGCCCGGUGCGCUCAAGUCUCUCACUACUGGAAUGCCUUGCUGCAAGACGACGCCACCUGGCGCUACCACUUUUCCCUGCACCACCUCCCCGACGGCCCCGCAUCUCUAGCAGCCCUCGCGAGCUACAGUCCCUUCAUGAAGCGCCGCACCGCCGAAAAGGAAAAGAGCCGUUCGUCCAGCACGCCCAAGAGGCUCACGCCUUUUGGUAUCGAAAAGCGAAUUGCCAACCUUCCUGUUGCCAAGCCGCUGCCUAUACCGGGCAACACCUAUCAAUCCAUCGUGGCGCUUUCGUAUCUUUCAAAGACCAACUGGACCACUGGUGGUCUCUUGCUCGCCAAACACGUCUCUAUCGACGAUAGCGUUGUCACCAGCCUCUGCAUGGACGAUAGUUUUAUCGUCGUUGGUAUGGCCAACCAUGCCAUACACGUGUUCAACGCCGAGUCUGGAGCGUGGAUGCGAGCGCUUGAAGGGCAUGCUGCAGGCGUUUGGGCCAUGGUGCUCGUUUCUGCAAACGUCGCAGACAAUGAAGAGGAGCCAGACGAACGUGUCGGGACAGAGACGCCGCCGAGUUGGUACCAGCCUCAACCGGCAUCUGGAGCGUACAGGGACAAUGGGCAGUCGCGGAGAUCGUCAUUCACGGGUGUUGCAGCGGCGGAGAGAAUACCGCCAUUGGGCAACCCCAUGGGCGGCUCAAGACCCAGCAGCGUCAUGGGCUAUUCUUCCCUCGGGCAAUUCGAUUACCCCUCCGACCCCCAGGCGGGCAGCAGCUCGCAUCGCCGGGCGUCCCCUCCACCUCCGCCUUCCCCGGGAUCGACAAGGAAGAAGAGACGGGAAGGAGGAGGAGGGAGCGAUGUGACUGGGAGUAUAAAGGGCUGGCCCGGGCUUGAUUAUAAUAUGGCGGUCAGUGGGGGGUGUGAUAGGGAUAUCAAGGUGUGGAAUGUGGAUACCGGGGAAUGUAUCCAUACCAUGACCGGCCACACUUCUACCAUCCGAUGUCUCAAAGUCCUUCCCAGUCGACCCAUCAUCGUCUCUGGAUCCCGCGACAAUACCAUCCGUGUAUGGAACCUGGAGACUGGAGAAGAAUUGCAUACUUUGAGGGGACAUGCGGGGAGUGUGCGGUGUGUGGAGGUCUGGGAUCUGGGAGAGGAAGGCGGGGGCGGUAGGGCUGUUAGUGGAAGCUAUGAUCAUACUGCGAGAGUGAGUCGUGCUCUGCCCAUCUGCCCACAAGCUGAUAUCACCCAGCUAUGGAACCUCGAAACCGGCGAAUGUCUCCAAGUCUUCUCCGGCCACUACGCCGAAAUCUACUCUAUCGCCUACAACGGCUUCACAGAUACCAUCAUCACCGGUUCCCUCGACUGCACCGUGCGCGUCUGGAAAGCCUCCACCGGCGAGUGCCUCGCCCUCCUCCAAGGCCACACCGCCCUCGUGGGCCAGCUCCAACUCGAAGGCAACCGUCUCAUCACCGGCGGCUCCGACGGCCGCGUCAUCAUAUUCGACCUCACCUCAUACACCUGCAUCCACCGUCUUUGCGCGCACGACAAUUCCGUCACGACCCUUCAGUUCAACCAUCAGUUCAUCCUCUCCGGCGGGAACGAUGGAAGAGUAAAGCUGUGGGAUCUGCAUUCGGGGAGGUUCGUGAGGGAGCUGACGAAACCGUGUGAUGCGGUUUGGCGCGUUGGGUUCAGGGGGGAUAGGGUGGUGGUGCUUUGUCAGAGGGAUGGGAAGACGAGUUUGGAGGUUGUCAGUUUUAGGGUUGGGGAGGGGGAGAAGGCGAAAAAGAAGAGUAGACCGGAGGGGUCGGGUUCGCGCAGGGGCGGAGUGGAGAGGAUGCGCAAGUUAUCAUUGCCUUUAAUCUAGGUCUUGUCUUUGGGUGUUGACUCGAAUUGAGUGGUUGUCAUCUUUGUAAUAUCUUUCAUACACAUGUUUGUUCAAUGCUAUUUGUUUGUU